AAAAUGAAAACGGGUCAAAGUAACCAUGGGCUUGCUGCCCUCGCCGCCGCGCAAAAAACACCCCGCGGGCCGUGUCCCCACCCGUACCCGAAUUCCAUUUCUUCCUCCCCUUUUUCCUUUCCACGCCUUCCCACCACUCCCAGACAGACCCCCUUUCCCCUCCCUCCUCGGCCUCCUCGACCACUCCGACGCCCACAGCGCCUCCGGCGAGCUCCACCUCUCCACCGGCGGCAGCGAGGGGCGAGGGGGCUAAUACUGUAGGCGGAGGAGGAGCCGAGCCGAUGGGGCAGCAGUCGCUGAUCUACGCGUUCGUGGCGCGGGGCACCGUGGUGCUGGCCGAGUACACCGAGUUCACCGGCAACUUCACCACCAUCGCCGCCCAGUGCCUGCAGAAGCUCCCCGCCAGCAACAACAAGUUCACCUACAACUGCGACGGCCACACCUUCAACUACCUCGUCGAGGACGGAUUCACGUACUGUGUAGUUGCUGUUGAAUCAGUCGGGCGACAAAUCCCCAUAGCUUUCCUGGACAGAGUUAAGGAAGACUUCACCAAAAAGUAUGGAGGCGGGAAAGCAGCUACUGCUGCAGCGAACAGCUUGAAGAGGGAGUUUGGACCAAAGCUUAAAGAGCACAUGCAGUACUGUGUGGACCACCCUGAGGAGGUUAGCAAGCUUGCCAAGGUGAAGGCCCAAGUCUCCGAAGUCAAAGGAGUUAUGAUGGAAAACAUUGAGAAGGUUCUUGACCGUGGUGAGAAGAUUGAGCUGCUAGUUGACAAAACUGAAAAUCUGCGUUCUCAGGUAUCCAAUGCCGAGAAAUAGGGGAAGUAAUAACAAUAAGAAAGAAAGCAGCUUCUUUAUGCAAUCUAGGAUCAAUGGAAGCAAGCCAAUCGGCGUACACGUAACUUGUGAAAAUUUAAAAAAAACCCGGUUUGCAGGCACAGGAUUUCAGACAGCAGGGCACCAACGUGCGGCGAAAGAUGUGGCUCCAAAACAUGAAGAUCAAGCUGAUCGUCCUGGGCAUCAUCAUCGCGCUGAUCCUCAUCAUCAUCCUGUCGGUGUGCCACGGCUUCAAGUGCGGCAGCAAGUGAGGGGGGGGGGGGGGGGGGGGGCGUGACUUACAGAUGGCUGGUGUGCCCUGGCACCGGCGAGGAGAAAGACCAUGGGGAGUUUUGCUCUUUUUUGGUCGUCGUGUUGUUGAGUCCUGGCGCUGAUUAUUCUUGGUGAUCGUCAGAGGGAGUUAUUCCUGAUGUCGGUGUUGAUUGCUGUUGGUUGGGAAGUGACGGUGAACCGGGGGGAGGGGGGAGGGGUUGUGUCGUGUAAUUUUGGAUGCUACUGUUGUGCAUGUAUAGCUUGUGUGCUACCCUGUUCCAUGCUGUUUGUUACUCCUA